UUUAUAAAUGGAGCAAUCAGAGACGCCAAACACAAAACAUCCUCCUUCAUCCUGAACGACACAAUCUCAACUGAACCAUGAGGGUGGUGAACCUGGGUCCGGAUCCUUCUCUGGCAUAUCGUCCCGAAUGUCAUGAGAAAGACCAAGCAGAAUUCAGGAACUUUGAGAGUGGAGAGCUCUUUGACCGUGUGUUUAAUACAUACAAGCUGAUGCACACGUACCAAACACUGGACUUUGUCAAACAAAAGCACCUGGAAUGGGCGAACUGCAAUCACUUCAGCAUGACCAUGAUGGAAAAUAUCAAUUCCCUGGACGAGCUUGUUGAUGAAUCCGACCCUGAUGUUGACUUCCCGAACUCUUUCCAUGCUUUCCAGACCGCCGAAGGAAUCCGCAAAGAGCAUCCUGAUAAAGAUUGGUUCCAGCUAGUUGGCCUGAUCCAUGACAUUGGAAAAAUCAUGGCCCUGUAUGGGGAGCAACAGUGGGCUGUAGUUGGAGACACAUUCCCAGUGGGAUGCAAGUUCCAGAAUUCAAUAGUGUUCAGAAACUCCACAUUUGAAGGCAAUCCGGAUGUGAAGAACCCUACACUCAACACAGAAUUUGGGAUCUAUAAACCACAAUGUGGGCUUGAUAAUGUCCUGAUGUCUUGGGGACAUGAUGAGUAUCUGUACCAGGUAAUGAAGUUCAACAAAUGCACCAUCCCUGAGGAGGGUCUUUACAUGAUCCGCUUCCACUCCUUCUACCCCUGGCACUCAAACGGAGACUACAUGCACUUAUGCAACGAUAAAGACCUACAGAUGCUUCCCUGGGUCAAAGAGUUUAACAAGUUCGAUUUGUACACCAAGAGCACUGAACUACCGGACGUGGAGAGUCUGAGGCCAUAUUAUCAGACUCUCAUUGAUAAGUACUGCCCCGGGGUACUGCAGUGGUGAAUGUUUACCAGAAUUCUACAUAAUUCUAGACACUGAAUAUCAUGCUGACUCUUUUGACUUUCGCCAAUUAGCAAACACCCAUGACACCUUAUCACUUUGGAAGUUUCUUCAGAAAAUGUCAAAUAAAAUAUAAAAAUCCAGAUUUAAUUCCAUGAUAUAAAAUAAAUCAAUUCAUAUACCUAUAUUUACCAACAACAUGAAAUAGAGAAAUAUUAAUUAUUAAUAUCCAAGACUUUAUCUUAUGUAUUCAUUGUUAUUACUAUAUUAGACUUAUAUUCAUAUAGAUUGAAGGUAAAAAUUUAAACUGUGAGGCUGUAUUUCUUUGAAAAUAAUGGCACUUGUGCCAGUGUAUAUUUUUCUAAGUUUAUUAAAAAUAUUACAAAACAUUAAA